GUACAAGAAACAAAAUGCCCCAAUCCAUUUCCAUUUCAUUUUGUUCUUUCGUUUUCCAUUCACGGACCGAGAGCAGAGCAGAGCCGCACGCAGAGCUCCGGGGAUAAUUUUUGGUAGCUCGAUUCUUGAGCUACAGUGAUCCAAAAAUCCCGUAAGUAAUGCCUAAUUCAUCCAUACAUCGUGAUUUAUCGAUUUAGAUCUUUAAAACGAGUUUUUGGUUCAGGAAUUUCUUGAAUUCCCGAUCUGCCAAAUUAGGGUUUCGGAGUAUCCGGAAGCCGGAUUGAGCCCAAAUUUCAUAUACGAGCUUCCUGCAGCGAGGUAAUCAAUCCCCUAGUUCUAAUCCCUGAAUUUCGGCUAUUAUUUAGGCCGGGGUCCAAACCGCUGAAUUUAGCUCCGGCCAGGGUUUGAUGUGUUUUUACCAAGAAUUUGACCCGGAGCCUAGAACUAAUAUUGACGGGGAUACUGUAGGGGAUAUUAGGACGGUCUCGGAUUUUAAUUCGGGGCUCGUUCGUGAAAUUGAUGUUUUAGUACGGGAGGCUAGAACCGGUGUUUGAACGACCAGAACUGGUGAGGGAUUAGCACGGCAUACCGGGUUUGUCGUAUCACGAUAAUUAUAUUGAUGCUUAGAAUUGACCUAGGUGAACUAGAAUGGCAUGAUUAGGGGUGUAUGAGCUUUUGUGCUAUAUGUUGAACCCUGGAUUACUGUAUGAUAUUAUUGACUUGCCCUAAUCGAUAUGAACCUUGUUUAUGCUGAUGAUUGUGUAUAUAUUGCAAAUUGUGGGCUUGACUGUUAAUAUGCUUUACGAUGGUUCGAGAAGGUGAUUAGGUAUGAUUUUUCAUGAUUGUUGUAUUUGGAUGCACAAGUGGGAAAAUAUAUAUUCCCUGGUGAUAUUAUGAUGUUUUAAGGAGGAUGACUUGCACGAGGGUUUAUCCCGAGGAAGUGCAACUAUACGACUCCUGGUUUACCUAUGUUGAGCCAACUAUGGUCAGGUCAAGUACAUGUGUAAGUAACGAAUUGAUUAAGCAAGAUGAGACAUGAAUCAUGUAUAAGGAUACCAAAUAUGAGUGUUGUGGUCUCACGGUCAACUACAUAGUAAUUAGGGCUCCCUAUGCUAUUACUCUAUUAUGAUAUGUAUGAUAGUCACACCUCUCAUGUGGUGGUGAUUGAAGAAUUCUUACGAGAUAUGACCACACCCAGAGUGGUGUCGGGGUAUGACUACACCCAUAGUGGUGUGGGGUAUGUAUGACCACAUCUGACGGGAUGUUGGGGUAUGUAUGACUACAUCCGACGGGAUGUGGGGUAUGUUUCCCGGGAGAGUUAUUAGCAUGGGAGUAGCCAGGCGCCUAUAAGUAAAACAUGAUAAGAUGCAUAUGCAUAAGUCAAGGUGGUUGAGUCUUUUGCCUAUUGGGAUAUGAGGACGGCUGAGGUCCGAUCCUAGUGUUUUGGCUUGAUUGUUAGAUGUAUGGUAGAGGUAUGCUCUGUUAUGAACUCACGAUGCUAUGAUUAUCUCACUCAGCUAUGAGCUGACCCUCUUUUAUUCUUCUUCUCUGCUUAUGCUAUGUGUAAGCAGAUCAUCAGCAGCAACAGUAGAUAAGUGUUAGGUGGGAGAGGAGCUAGAGUUGAAGCCAGGAUGAGGUAUGGUCUUCAACUAUUCUGUGCUUGGACUACUACUCGGGAUUUUGGCCAGUGAUCCACACCCUUUUUGUAAAAAUGUUUUGAGAACGUUUUUCAUAUGCAUACUAGCUUCUGAUGUAGUGUGAGAUAUCCACAGGUGUGGAAAGUUAAUGAUAUGUGUAUAUUUAUGUGGUUGUGUAAGUUGUGACGAUUAUGGUAUGUAUAAGUUUGGUAUGCAGUUGUGUAGUAUGAAACUGUGACUAUGGCUAUGUAAGUCCAUGUAUAAGGUUUGAGUAUAUAUGUUUGUGAUGAAUUAUUUUGCAGGACAAGUUGCAAGAACUGUUAGCCCAUUACGCGAGUAAUUCAUGUCGAAAUUUUAUUUGGGUAAAUUUUGAUAAUUAAUGUAGCACCCGAGAUUGAUUCCGCUGCAAUUGUGUGAACAAUAUGAUUAGGCAAAACGUAUAGGGUAGGGUGUUACAAUUACUGUCUAGAAGAAUAUUUGCAGAAGAUUUAUGGGUGCAUCUUGAGAAUUGGUUGAAUUGUGGGUUGCAGAAUUUGGGGAUUUUCUGAUUGUGGUAGCAGUGAACUGGAAUUUGGGAAGCAGAGUACAGAUUUGUGAAACCUUAGUGGUUCAAGAGCAGAGGGGAGGUUUAAGAAGUUUGUUUUCCAGUUUGCACUCUUGGUUGCAGAUAUGGGACGUCGAAGGUAUAUCCCUCCACCUCGGCAUUUCAAGGUAACAGAUCAAAGUGAAGAUGGGAAGACUGUUUACCGUUCGUGGAUGAUUGAAGACAGCCACAAGGUGACCGAUAGAGACAGCCCAAUUCCAGAAGUUCCUCCACAACUUCAAGCGGUCAACAUGCCCGCUCGAUUUUACAGGGUGAUCACCGGCCAGGUUGGACCCACGAUGCGGUCCAGGACUAUUGAGAUGACUUCUCCAACUCCAUCUCCACCACAGCAGCCUGCUCAAAUGCCUACUGAAGAACCUCCAUUACCAGAUUCAACACCAGUUGUAUCACCGGAGAGCAGGCCAGCAAAGAGGAGUCGUCUCCAGCAAUCGAGCUCAUCUUCACGAUCACAGAUGUCUUCUUCUUCAGCACCUGCACCAUCCACGACACCACGUCGUACUAGCCUAAGUGCAAGCAAGAAGAAGGCUGGCACUCCUCCUCCAAAGGACGUCUCUAAGACGUUCGGUCAGCCUGUCCAGCUCCAGAAACAUAAGGAAGAAUAUGCCGAUCUGAUGAAACGAGCGGUCACCCCUUCUCAGUUCAUGGACUAUGCAGCAUUGCAGAAGACCGAGCGGGCUGAGGAAGUGAUGACAUACUUCCGCCGAAUGAAUUGGGCACGAUUUCCGGAGCUGCACUUCCCCACUUAUCCACACCUCACCAGAGCAUUCUUGGCCACAUACAGCUUCGAGAAUAAUGGGGUUGAGAGCAAGCUUCAGAGUACUUUGGCAGGGAAAACAAAGUCCCUCUCUUUGAGCCAAGUAAACCGAGCACUUCUCUUCGAUGGUCCAGCAGAUGCAAUUCCUGAUGAAAAGCAGGACUUGAGUGAGUUUUGGACGACAAUUGUGGCAGAUGGAAAGGAAUUCAAUCCUACUUCUUCGAGGAGAGCAUCGAUCAGAGACCCGAUAAUCCCACUAGUACAUGACUACCUGGCUCGCACUGUCUUGGGAAAGGGAUCCAAUGCCAGUGGUGUCUACACCACCGAUCUCAGGUACAUUCACAGUUUUGUUACUGGAACACCAUUGUGUGUUGGGUACAUGGUGGGUAAGAUGCUGGAAAAUGAUGCACUGAAGACUUGCGGAGCAAUUAUGUGUGGGGGAAUCAUUACUGCCUUAGCUCGAGCUUACUGGGGGUUCCCGGAGAACCCUACGGGUUUGGAGAUCAGUGAUGGCUCGACUCUACUUGGGGAAGCAACAUUAGGCAAAUUGGGUUUUCUGAGGAUAGUAGGAUCUCGUGGAGAGUAUCUAUCUAUCGCCAAAUACAAGGAGUGGGAGACCAAGGUCAAUCGAAAAAGGGCAGCAAGAGCUGCUAGAGCAACUUCUGCUUCGGCAUCAUCUGCCGCACCAUCAGUAGCCACUCCGACCACAGCUCCAGCUCCUACACCGACAGCAGCGGGGCACUCGAACUCGAGUGUCAGUCAAGGCCAGCAGUCCCAUCCUACUCCAGUUCCGCAUCCAGAAGAUACCCCACCAGUCAUACCAGCUUCACCAUCAUCUACAGACGAGCUCAGAGCCAGAAUAACUCUCUUAGAAGCCAGAGACGCAGAGAAAGAUAAGAAGAUCCAGGAGCUAAACCGGCGUCUAGAUGAGAAGCUCGGCACUUCUUCGUCGACCCCUCCUUCAUAGGAGCUUGUCCCGAGGUUCUUAUUUCUUUUCUUCUUUUCUUUGUGAAUACUUCUGAUAAUGGUCUGUAUAAUGUUAGUUAGGUGAACCGAUUGGUGUGUCGUGUGUAGUUGUAGACAUUGUGGACAAUGUCCAUCCUGAGUGUGGGGUGGAUGGUCUGUGUUCUUGUCGUGUUUUGUGUUUUAUGUCGAGUCGUAGUUGUCCACAGUGUCUCGUUUUGUGUAAAAAAAAAAAAAAAAAAAAUUGCCAUUAGGUUGAGCACAGCUAAACUGCAUGCAGUCUGCCUGUGUAAAAAGCAGUCUGCCUGUGUAAAAAGCAGUCUGCCUGUGUUAAUCUAAUGGCUAAAAAACACCUAAAAAUCAGAAAAAUUAAAAACAAAACCUUGUACUCUUGUGGUAACAUGAUGUAAAUGACCGUGAUGCUUUGAAAAUGAGUUUGUGCUUGAAUGAAAUCAUCGAAAUCACCCCACUAGUGUUGAAUUGCAUAGUUCUUCACAAUGAGCUUGAAUGUUUUGACUGACUUGAUAUGCUUUGAAUGAGCAAACUCUUUUAGCAACAUUCUCUUUUGUGAGGAUAGUGUAACGACUUUUGGUGAAGUAGCUAGGUGGAGAACAUUGACCAUUCGAUAUGUUUGGAUACCGUGCUUACUUGCAUCAAUUGUGAGUUUUUGAUUUUGCAACGAGUCUCUGUUUUGAAUGUUUUAUGAUGGGGUGAACUGUAUCUUCAUAAAAGAAAACACUACCUGACAAGUAAAAGAUAAGAAAGUUGCCAUAACAAUUAAAGUGUGGGUAAAAAUGCCAACAUCGUGUGAGGCAAUCACUCAUUGCACAUGGGGAUGAGGAAAGAUUCAAUUGAGAAUCGGUUCGCGACCGUACGAUGUUGCUUAUCAAGUACGAUCCCCAGUUGAGUGAAGUGCCAUUUGAGGAUGUGCAAUGACCCUCCACACGGACCGAGGAAAAGGAGUUAAAAGAAGCCCUUAUGCGAGUGCUAAGAAGCAGAAAUUGCUAUUGCUCGGUCACCGGUAGUAAGAAACAAAUCCCACUUGUACUAAAUACGACUUCUCGGCAAGCAAAAGCAGAAAGAGAGAAAGCCUCUCCUUGUCAUAAAAGGUAGUGAUGUGCUUAAAAUUAAAAUCUUGUUUGCGAAAGGCUUCCCCCAUUAGUUUUUGAGACUCAUUCUUAAUUAAUUGCUUAUGAUUGGUGUGAGUAAGUCAGAUUGUCCUCACGAGAUAUGCACCUCACUGAUGUGGUUAGAUUCUCUUAAUAACUGUUGCACCAUAAGUUGUUAACCACCCACUACCGACGAUCGAAAUUGAGUGUUGCUAUUUGAGUUUUUGGUGGAUUUGAGUCAGUCAAUGGUAAUGGUUGCAAAGAACUUGAGUGUGGGGUGAAAGGUAUGACCAUUAGAGCACAACUUGUCCGUUGAGAAAGAAACUACUGAUUACAACAAGAGUACAAGGAAAUUUUGUGUCUUGGUUUGAGUGUUUGAUUAGUGAGUCUGUGGUGUGUCAUUUUGUGUUUGUGUUGUUUGAGUCGUUGCUUGGGGACAAGCAACAAUUGAGUGUGGGGUUGUGAUAAUCGGCUUUAACAUAUUGAAUUCUUGGACUUUAUGUGAUUAUCCAUGGUAUGUUUUAGCCAAUUGGUGCUAUUUUAGGGCUCGCUAACCCGAGAAUGGUUGAAAAACCAUUACUGCCUAGUGCCAUGAGUUUGAUGUAUUACAGGUGAAGAAAACACGAAAAAGAAGUUGCACCGGCAAACAAUUCUCGAAUGCUGGGCUUAAAGCCCAGCUGAAAGGGGAUUAAUGACAUGGGCCAGGGGGAUUGGCGGAACCCGAAAGGAAGAAGAAUUGGGCCGGCCAGAAAUUGGGAAGCAAUUAAAGGGAGCAAUUUUUG